GAUUUGGUUUCUCCAAGUAAGAACCCAAUCUGGCUUCUCCAAGAGAACCCAUAUCGGGUUCUUACCAAGAACCCAAAUUGGGUUAUGAAGGGGAACCCACGAAUUCUCUUAAUAAGAACUUGAUCUGGGUUCUUCUCACUUUAGGCUACGCCAUCUGGGUGGUUCUUUGUUUUCUGGGUUUUUUGGGUUUUUUGGGUUGGGUUUUUAUGGGUAUGAUGAUGGUGGUGAAGGAUGAGUGGGUGAGGGUGGCAAUGAUGGACAAUAGGGUGGUGAUGGAGUUGUUGGUCAAGUUGAAGCAGGUGCAGGCGACGCCAUCAACUUCAAAAUCUAUGGUGGAGAACCCAGAUCGGGUUCUUACCAACAACCCAAAUUGGAUGAUUAAGAUAAGGAUGGAGGUGAGGAGGAAGAUGGAUCUGGUGAGGACAAUGAAUAGCCAGAAGGAGAAAGGAAAGGAGAGAGAAAGAAAGGGUUGAUGAGACGAAAACUAUGAGUGCAUGUAAUAGAAACUGUUAGAGUGUGUAAUGGGAUGGUGUGCAUGAAUUAGCGUCCUUUCCAUUUUCAAACCCCAUUCUCCUUAGUGCCAACAAAAAGGCUUUGUUUUU